CAGGCCUAUGCCUCUUUACUUGGAAGUGCCAGCGAAAUUUGCUAGCAUUGUGGUCUUUUCUAUUAAGUGUUGGAUGUGAUUGCUUGUACACUAAUUGCUUAAGCCCUCUUUUGGUAUCAUGCGUCUUACUUUCUCGUUUUUCUGUGCCUUUCAGUUCGCCCUCGCUAUACCAGUACUAAACCCUAUCCUGGAAGUAAUACAGCAAGUCACAAGUGGGAAAGGCCUUAUUGAAGGUACAUUUGGCGCUCUUGAGGGCGCCCUCGGUCAAGAGGCAACUUAUGACUACGUGGUUGUAGGUGGCGGAACAGCAGGCAAUGCCAUUGGCGUCCGCCUUGCGGAAGCUGGCCAUUCGGUAGCUAUCAUCGAAGCCGGCGCAUACUACGAAUUGGGGAAGCCAGUCCUCGGAACUACACCUGCAGGCGAUAUCAUCGGCAUCGGUUCUUCUAUCUUAGACUCCGACCUGCUUGUUGAUUGGGGAUUUGUCACCGAACCUCAAAGCGGUGCCAAUAAUCGCAAAGUCCAUUACGCUCGCGGAAAGGCAUUGGGUGGAUCAUCUGCUCUUAAUUUCAUGAUAUAUCAAAGGGGUACUCUGGCGUCCUAUGAACAAUGGGCUGAGGACGUAGGCGAUGACAGCUACACGUUCGACAAAAUUCUUCCAUAUUUUGAACGUAGUGUAAACUUCACUGCUCCCAACACAGAGACGCGUUUAGGAAAUGCAACGACUUUAUACAACGAGGACGUUUUCAGCAGCAAUAACCCUGGUCCUGUUUCGGUCUCCUACACGAACUACGUAUCUCCUUGGGCGACAUGGCUCGAGAAGGCCAUGCAUGCGAUUGGCAUCAAGCAGACACAAGAUUUCAACAGCGGAAAUCUCAUGGGUGCACAGUAUUGCUCUGUCAAUGUAAGGCCUUCGGACCAAACGAGAAGCACUUCGGGGGCAUACGUCAACAGCGCUAUCAACAACAAGAACUUAAAGGUUUACCUAAAUACGUUGGCCAAGAGGAUUCUUUUCGGUUCAAAUAACACAGCCACCGGAGUUGAGGUCUCCUCCGGUAUCGUCACCUAUAAGAUUCACGCAUCAAAAGAAGUCAUCCUCUCAGCUGGAGCAUUCCAGUCUCCCCAGUUACUCAUGGUGUCCGGCAUUGGCCCUGCUUCAACGCUCAACGAGUUCGAUAUCGACGUCCGGUCGGAAUUACCAGGUGUGGGUCAGAACAUGUGGGACCAUAUCAUGUUUGGUCCUGCCUAUGAAGUGCAGAUCCAGACCUUGGACAAAGUCCUCCAUGACCCACUGUACUUGGCCGAGGCUUUGGCCGAGUACAUCACCAACCACACCGGCGUGUUGACUUCCAACGUCAUAGAGUUCAUCGGCUGGGAGAAACUAUCAGAAGCUGCGUCUUACCGGAGCAACUUUUCCGAUCCUGCCCUUAACGAUCUCGCAUCUUUUCCAAGCGACUGGCCUGAAGUUGAAUGGAUCAGCGGCAACGGCUACAUAGGCUCCUUCUGGUUUCCCGCUCUUCAACAACCUCUUAACGACAAACAAUAUGCUACCAUACUUGGGGCUCUAGUUGCUCCAACGUCUCGUGGAAACGUCACCAUCAAAUCCACAGACACUUCUGUCCUUCCUAGCAUAAGCCCUAACUGGCUUACCACGAAGACAGACCAAGAACUUGCCAUCGCCAUGUACAAGCGAAUGCGCGAGACGUGGCAUACGCAAACUCUUCAGGAAAUUGUCAUCGGAGAAGAAUACUGGCCCGGAAAAGAGGUUUCGACAGAUGAAGAGAUACUCUCCCUCAUUCAAGACACGUUCAUGACCGUAUGGCACGCAGCAUGCACCUGCAAGAUGGGUAAAAGGAAUGAUAGAAUGGCCGUGGUUGACAACAAGGCGAGAGUUUAUGGCGUUGGAGGUCUGAGAGUUGUGGAUGCGAGCGCUUUACCACUUUUGCCACCGGGUCAUCCAACCAGCAGCAUUUACAUGCUUGCUGAAAAGAUUGCUCAAUCUAUUAUCGAUGGGGAUUGAGAUGAUGGGGCAGUCGCAGUAUAGGCUUCAAACAUUGUUUGAAAUUUUUGCUGUGGUAAUCUAAUGUAAGUCGGAAUAAUAGACACGGAAUACAAAGGUGAACUGCGGCC